AUGGAUUCACAAUUAUCAAGUAAAUUGAAAUCUCGAUUCAAGAAGAAGGAUAAAGAAGAUAAUCAUACCAGAACAUCAUCAGUGAAUUCUAACUUCUCAUUAAAAUCCAAGAAUUCAAAUCAUUCCAGAUCAUCGUCAAAUACAUCCAACAAUUCUACCACUUCCAAGACCAGACCAAGUUUAGUGCAUAGUAAUUCUCAUUUAGGACAUAAUAGUCGUAAGGGAAGUCAUAGUUCACAGAGUUCUAGUGGAUCCAGGAGUUCAAGUCAUAGUCAGCCCAGUCAUAGUCAUUCAGGUUCACACAGUCAUUCACACAGUCAUUCCAGUUCACACAGUCACUCCAGUUCACAUUCCCACAGUUCACAUUCCUCCCACAAUUCAUCCCACAACACUCCCUCCAAUUAUACUCACAAAGGACUCCAAAAAUUCGCUAGUUCAAGCAAUUUAAACCCCAAUAGAAAGAAAAAGUACAAAGAAGAUCUUCUUACACAUGAUUGUAAAUGUGGUUGUACUUCAAAGCAUGUACACAAUCAGAAAUCUUAUUCAAAUUUAAAAAAAGAGAACAAUUCUGUUGAUUCCGUUGAUAAUUUCGCUAACAAUAUCUUAGAUUUCGUUUAUAACAAACGAGAAGUUAACUGGAAUAUUUGA